AUGUCUUCGACAGACACUCCCGCCGCCCCGGCGGCCUCUACCUCUGCAACGGCCUCUGCAACUUCAGCUAAUUCAACUCCCUCUCCAUCCACCACCAGCCCGACUACCUCUGCUCAGAACUCUCGCCGUCCGCAACGCAAGAGCACUCUAACCCAGCAGCAGAAGAACCAAAAACGCCAGCGUGCAACACAGGAUCAGUUAGUGACGCUGGAAUUGGAAUUCAACAAAAACCCGACCCCCACUGCCGCAGUUCGUGAGAGGAUUGCCCACGAGAUCAACAUGACUGAACGAUCCGUACAGAUCUGGUUCCAAAACAGACGCGCCAAAAUCAAGAUGAUUGCGAAGAAAAGCAUCGAAACCGGCGAGGAUUGCGACUCGAUUCCAGACUCCAUGCGCCAGUACCUGGCUAUGCAAUUCGACCUGAACAAGCCCGGUGCUCGAGAUUUGUUUGGACGUGCCAGCGGAUUAAGUGGCUAUCCCAACAACGGUUUUGUAGGCGAUGCUGGCCCCUCUGGAAAGGUUAUGAUUCAUCACUUUACCUGUCGCUCGCUCAGUGUCGGUAGCUGGCGACGAAUCGGCCAGAAUGCCAUGGAUCUCGUCAUAUUCUAUUCCCCGGAUAAGGCCACCAUGACAUACUAUAUCAACAACGAUUCGGCUGGAUACAAGAUCGAAUACCCCUUUUCAUACAUCAAGAACAUAACUCUUGAAUCUGGCGACUCGCCUCAGAAUGCAAACGGUGCUCCCUCGCGACCCGGUGGAUUACUAGUCGAACUCAUGCGCCCUCCUAUGUUUUACAUGGAUUCUUCUAAUUCGGGCGGCUUCUAUCAAUGCGGUGAUUUCACAGAAGAUCAGCAAGCUAGUCGGGUUAUGGUUCACCAUCUCGGCGGUCACCCCAAGGUCCUCAGCGUCCAGCUGGCAAAGCUCGUCUCUCUUGAAUCAUUCCAGAACCGCCUGAAUUUUAACUACGCCGUAUCUGCCCCGGUCACGCCACCUCAAGAUAUUCAUCGCCCUGCAUCCCAACCGAACCAAUUUCCUCUAGCCCAGCUCGGCAUGUUCGCUGAACCGCAUCUUAGCGUCAACCAUAUGCCUCGUGGCCACAAGCGUCAGCGCAGUCGCUCUGUUCCACCGCAGGUGGAUUUGUCUUACCUGCAUACUCCUAUGCCUGCAUACCAAAUCCAGCAGUCAGUAUCGCAUUUGACACCUAACUCGACUAUCUUCGCGCCUAUGCCUCAACACAAUUCAAUUCAGGGAUUAAGUAACAAUCUUCGCAUCGAUACGGCGGCUACAUACAGUGUUGAUCCACGACCAUAUCCAAUGUCUGCCACUGCCUCAGACUACGCCAGUCCCCCAUUCUUCUCGACAGCGCCUCCUUCUGAAGCAAUUUCCAUGGGUGCUAGUGCUGGCAACCAGUUCAGUCUGCCUUAUGUUUCACCAUCGCCGAUGGUUGAUCAGUCAAAACUGAUGGACCAGCAGCCUUCAUCCAUGCCUAAUGUGACUCAUGCUGAUCCAUACAUUGCGGAUCAUUCCCCUCCCCUUUCUAUGCACACCACGGGAUCGGGAGAGAUGUUCAGUUUUGGUGGUAACCAACAGCAAGGUGUCUCGGAAGAUGGGCUGCUACUGAGUGAGAUGUAUGCGAAACACAACCUUAACAACUUCGCGAUGGAUAGCUCAAAAUUUGAUUUUUCCAUGCAUGGAAUGUCGGAACCCCAGACUCACAACAUAGCUGGAGACCUAGCUGGUAUCCAGCCUUACGAAAUGAUCGAUCCUACUUCGUCAUAA